AUGGCGUCAAUUUUAAAAAAUAGUCCUUAGAAAGCAGCUGCUUCAGUUUAAAAAAAGUCAGCUGCUCCUAAUAGAAUUUAAGCAUAUAAUGAUAGUGUUAGAUCUCAAAAAAAUGGAGAGGAUUUGAUUACUAGUAAGGACUUUGAUUUUAAGUCUGGAGAUACAAUGGAAAAAGAAUUAGAAGCAACGUAGAAUUAAGGAUAAAGCAAAAUUAUUAAAAGGCCUGAUUAUGUCAACGAAAUGAGCAUUUAAGACAAGCUAAUUAACCAAAAGAUUAUAAAAAAUAUGAAUAAAAAGAUAACAUUUAUGAAGAACCCUCGUUUCCGUGUUAUCCGCCCUCCAAUAUAAUUCACUGAUUUAAAUACAAAGCCCGGAGUUAUAGUUGAUAUGAAUGAUAAAGAGUGUCCAUUUAGAGCACACCCAGAGCAAGUUAUCUUUUAAGAAUAUGAAAUCGAUAAAAUAUAUGAAAUUAAGCUUAAUAUUACUAACAUAGAUAGUGUUUCACGAAGAAUUAAGUUCCUUCCUCCUUAAUUGAGCUGUUUUUCUAUCAAGGAAGUAAAAUAUCCUACUCCUCUUCCAAAGAGUGAGUCAGAUGAAAAAUAUUUAGAAAAUUAAGAGCUAGGAAUGGUAGCACCUGGCAUGAGUGUUAUUUUUACUAUUCAAUAUUAUGCCUAAUCUCUAGCUGAACAGAACGAUGGCUUAUAAAUUAUAAAUGAAAUAAAUGCAUUUACUGUGCCAAUCAAAGCUAAAAGGAAUCCACCUGAAUUAAAUUUGCCAUAGGUUUUAGAUUGCAAAAGUUGCUGGAUAGGCGACAGAAGCCAGUAAGUAUUUAAGAUAACAAACAAAGGUGGAGAUUGUGGGUUUAGAUUUUUUAGUAGUGAAGAAGAUGAUGAUUAAAUGGACUAAGACACAUUGUUUACUGGGAAUUUUGUUUUAUUUCCAUGUGAAUUUUAUAUGCAGCAUGGAGAAACAUAAGAGAUAGUUGUUACAUUUACUCCUGAGAAAGAAGGUGAAGAAAUUAAGAAAAUUAUUUUAGCAUGUGAUAAUCACACUAGUGCAGAAUAUACUUUAAAAGGAAGUGGUAAUAUGGCAGAAGUAGCAAUUUACGGAGUUGAUGACUUAAAGGUUUCUGAUUUUAAACAAGAACUACAAAAUAUGAAUAGGAUGUUCUUUGAAAAUGCACUUCCUGGAAUUCAAAAAACCAGAAAAUUAUUGUUAAAAAACACUUCUGAUGUCGAAAUUAAAUUUCAUUGGAAUUUAUUUAAAGAUAAUAUGAUUCAAUAAGAUUAAAAAUCAGCCAAGACCGAUGCAGGUGGUAGUGAUUAUCAAACUCUUUUUGAUAAUAAAGAAGACUAUUGCUUUAGCAUUACUCCUAAUUCAGGUGUAUUCGAACCUUAAUAAAUAGUUGAAUUCUAGUUCAGUUUUCUCACUAAUUAACCUGUUCCAAUUUUUGAAAACGCUACUUUUUUUAUUGAUGAAAUACCAUUUGAGAGUAUUAGAAACGUUUCUCCAUACCUUCAACAAUACAUGACAUCAAAGGUAGCCCAUCCCUAGAAUCUACCUAAAGAUAAUCUUCCUGGUUUUGUUGGAAGUAACACAGCAAGGCCAAGUGUAGCCUAUUUUGAUCUAAAACUAGUAGGGCUGAGCACUUGGGCACCUGUUUCCAUAAAUAAACCUUUCCAAUAUUUUCCAUCUCCUCUUGCAGUUCAUUAGGAAUAUCAAGAUAUUUUUGUUUUGAAAAACGAAUCAGCUACAACAAUAAACUUUGAUAUUUCUAUAAUAACUACUGAGUCAGUAAUAUGCUUUGUGGAAUAAGACACUGGUUCAAUAGGUCCAAAUUCUAAGUAUGAAGUCAAAGUUACUUUUUCAUCAGAUGUAGUUGGAUAAAACUAGAAAGCAAUGCUUUAAAUAAAUUUUGAUAUUAGUCAUUCUCUUACUUAUGAAGUAUUGGGAAACUUUGUAGGUCCAAGUAUAAAGAUAGCUUAGCCCAUUCUAGAUUUUGGAUUAAUGAGGCAAUAUGAAAAUAAGACAACAAAGCUAAUAAUUGAAAAUACAUCUCCUGUAGCUGUUGAAAUAGCUAUAAGAGAUAUUAAUUAAAAAUUAAAAAAGGGAAUUUCAAACAGUAUUCAAAAGUUGACCUCGCUUGGAACUAUUGACCUUUAUGGUCCAGAUACUUUGCUUGAUUAAGAUGAGUAUGAGCAACAUCAUUUGAAAUGCUCUUUAGAAAUAGAAGAGUAAGCACUUCUCAUUUAACCAUAUGAAAAGAGAGCUAUUAAUGUAAAGUGUAAAGCUGGUGCGCCAGAAUCGUACAAAACAAUUCUUGAAAUACAAGUUGAACAUUCUAAAGAUCCACUCUUCUUAAAUGUUUAAGCAGAGAUUCAAAAAAUAAUAGUCAGUUUAAAUAGAUUAUCUCUUGAUUUCCCUUGUAUUUAUGCUAACAACGUUAACAUCAUUGACCGCAAACACUCCAAAUAAUACAUAGAAUUACAAAAUCUAGGUAAUAUCGAAGCUGAAUUUGAAUGGGAAAUUCCAAACACUUCUGCUUACAAAAUAGAGUUUGAACCAUAAAAAGGGAAAUUAAAACCAAAAACAAACAAAGUUAUCAAAAUAAAUUUAGUAGUAUACAAGGGAGAAACUUUAGAUAAUAUUUUUGUUUGCAAUAUUAAAGAUAUGAAAUAUCCUCUAGGUUUUCAAAUAAGCACAAAAGUUUUUGGUCUUUCAGUAAGCUUCGAAAGAAUGAUAGUUUAGGAAGAUAAUGAACUCAAGUAGAAUUUAAAGGUAGCUGAAGAGAAUGACAAUACAAAUUUAUUUAACACAUUAAUAAUGAAAAGUAAUAUCAAAAACAGUAUGCUUCUUAAAAGCAUGAGAAAUACACAAGAGUUCAAAAAUUUCGAAAUAACAUAGAAGCUCAGUAAAUAAGCUAAUAACACUUCUUUAAACACUGUCCCUACUAAUUUCAAAAAGGAACCUCUUCAUAAACUGGAAUUCUUUGGGUGCUAGAUUAAUUAACCUAAAUCAAUAUAUGUCAUUCUAUCAAAUACAUCAGGAAUUCAUACUAAAUUUAACAUAUAUUCUGAAAAUUAUCAGCCGUUUACAAAAAUCAAAGCAGACCUAACCUAAUCAUUCAUCUAGCCUGAUAUUUCUCAAAUUAAUGAGGAAGAACAUGAACACAAUGAAAAUGAAUAUAACUAAGAAUAAGUCUAAGAUUCAUAACUCAUUUAGGAUUAAUUAUAAUCACCAGAAUAAAAGGUUAAGUAAUUCAAAUCCAACUAAUAAAAUCCUUCAAUUACUAUGUAAAGUGCAGUUAAUGACAGUAAUACAUUUACAAAAAGUAAAGUUCUAGUGAAUACAUCGAAUUAUAGAAUUAGCUAGCUCAAAAAUAAAACAAACAGAAUCACCACAGUAUCUCUUAUUACUGCUGACCAUGAAAAAGUUAAAAAUUUCCAUUCAAAAGCAGGUUAGGAACUAAAUGCAGCAAGAAAACUUGAUAAAGAAUAAAGAUUCCAUCUAUAAAAUGAUAAAGGGUUUGCAAUUGUCUGUGAGCCUAGCAGUGGAAAUUUAAGAGCUCACGAAGAGUAAAUAAUAAAAAUUACAGUUUUUAAUGACAUUAGUGGUAAAAUUGAAGAUAAUCUCUUCCUUGAAAUUGAAGGACUAGAGACAAGAAAAAUACCAACAAUAGUUGAUGUACAAGGUUCACCAGUAAUUAUAAGUCCCUAUUAGUUAGGAAUAAACUAUAAAGGAGCUUACCCUGUAUUUGAUUUAGGUCACUAUAUGAAAAACGGAACUAUGGUGGAGAGGGAAUUUAAAAUUACAAACACUGGUCCUAAAACAGUAAAAAUUGAAUGGAAAAUGUAUAAUCUGAACUCAAAUAAUUAAGAACAAGAUUUCUUUGAUAUUAAAAUCUCUGAUCCUGAAUUGGGUUCUAGCGAUAUAUGUAAAUUAAAUUUUGUUCCUAUCUCUCCUCCUGAAGCUAUUCCAGGUCAACCCUUUUUAAUUGAUCCUAGCGGGAUGAUAAUUCAUGGAAGAGAAGAAAAGGUUUUCAAAGUUAAAUUUUAAACAAAUGAAACGAAUGAUUUUAUUUCUGUUCUAAUAGCAUAACCAGUGAUUAUUGGAAAAGAUGGAUAAGAAGAAUCCCAUAUAAAAAUAGAUAAGUUAAUAUUAUAGAUCCUCUCACAUACUUAGAAACCUUAGCUUUACUUAGAUAAGCUUCUUACUCAUAAUGGAAAACAUAUUUUGACAUUUGAAAAAUGGGCUCUGUUCGAUAAUAAAAAGGAACACAAGGAAAUCUGUUUGGUAAAUAAAGGAUUUGCCACUGUAAAAUUUGAUUUAGAAGUUGAAGGACCUUUUGAGCUCGACGAUGUCAACUCAACUAGCAAAACAAAUGUGUUGAAUUCUAUGAUUAUUAGAUAAUAGCGUUCACUUACUAAAGCCCUAAGCAGUAAUAAUUAAGGAAAGUUACCUCUUGCAAUGACUUAUACACUUGAAUAGAAUACAAAUAUGAAACUUAUGAUUAAAUACAAAGGUUAAAAAGUUCAUGAUGAAGAAGCUUGGCCAAUGACAUAUAAAAAUUAUGAGUUUGGUAAACUGAGAAUCAAAUACACAAAUGGAGAUGAAUAAGAAAUAGAUUUAGAAGGCCACCUUUUACGUCCUCUCAUAUAACUAAAUACUUCUGGCCACGAAGAUAUUCCAGGCUAAGAAGUUCAAGAUUUUGGAACUGUGCAUAUAAAUAAUGUUAAAAGAAUAGCCAUAUUCAUUUCAAAUAUAAGCAAAGUACCUGCAAAAUGGAAAAUUCAUCAUAUAAAAAACCCUUUCAAAAAAUUCCUUGGCACUGCAACUAUGACAUAAGAGGAGUACGAAAAUAAUGCUAUCACUGAUGAUUAAGAUGUAUUCCAGUUUUCUGUCACUGAGGGUCUUCUUUAUGGUCCUUCAAUACCUGUCAAGAGCCUUCCAGAAACUUUGACUUUGCCAACUAUGAUAACAACUAUGAAAAAUCACUAAAAUGAAAUAAUUCCUUAGUAAAUAUUGAUAAAUUUUAAGCCUAAAAGAAAUUUAAUGUACAAAUCAAAAUAUAGAAUCAGUGUGGAAGAAGGUCCCACUGUAGAUUUUAUACUUAGAGGAUAAGGAACUUAUGAUGAAGAAAUAGAAUAAUGA